GGCAUACUAGUGUACUGAAAGCUGAUGUUCAAGCCUCUUCCAGAUUUAUCUCUGUUUUUAUUCAAGUAAAUGGCUUAUUUCACCUCUCUGCUUAGUUAUAACAAUUAAAAUAAAAUAGAGCUUAAUUCUCCUGGCAUAAUAUCUCCUAAUGGAGAUUGGGUUAUAGUGUUGUAACUUAAAAUAAGGAUAAAUAUCUCUUUCGUGACUAAUUAAUGACAAUUUCGUGAUUCUAUUUUCAUAAUUAUGGGAAGAUUUCUGGAAAAGAACGUGUGAGAACAGAAGAGAAGAAAUGUUGAGUUUCGAUCGACUACAACUGUGCAGUUACAUGUGAGCUAUUUAAAAAAAAUGCUCCAUGGUAUAUUACAAAUUCAAAGGGUGUUUAACUCGCAAGAUAAGGAGAAUCCAGUAGGAACCAAUCAAGCACUGGAUUGUGGGUGUGGCAUAGGUAGAGUGACAAAACAUUUUCUUCUCAAGCAUUUCCAGAAUGUUGAUAUGGUGGAACAGAAUAAAACUUUCUUAGAUGCUGCUGAUGAUUAUCUAGACCAAGAUGCAAAGAGAGUCACAAGGAAAUUUAAUUCUGGUCUUCAAGACUUUGUGCCGGAUGAAAAUUAUUAUGAUGUUAUAUGGAUUCAGUGGGUGAUUGGACAUUUGACUGAUGAUGAUUUAAUAUCUUUCCUGAAGAGGUGUCAGAGAGGACUGAAAAAGAAUGGAAUUAUUGUGAUAAAAGAUAAUGUCUCCUCCUGCGAUGUUGACACUGAUCAUUUAGACGGUUCAGUCACCCGUCCGGCUCAGAACCUAAGACAAUUGUUUAGUGAUGCUGGUGUUAAAAUUUUAUUGGAAAGGAAACAGGUCAAGUUUCCCAAAGUCUUAUAUGAAGUGAAAAUGUUCGCUCUUAGAUAAUAUUGUAAUGCUUAAUUCAAUUAUAUACAGAAUUGUUAUAGUAAGAAGUAUCCAAUUUGCAUUUUUUUUAUUUCUUUAAUAUCUUGAAAUUCUGAUUUAUCAGGAUUUUUUUUUUUUGCAUACUUAAAGUGGUAGUAACAGGGUAUCCGCGCACCUGGAAAGUCAUGAAAAGUCAUGGAUUUCAGUAUUGAACAAAAUUUGUCAUGAUUUUAACUAUUUUUUUUUUUAAAAAAUCAUGGAAAGUCAUGGAUUUAGGUUGCCAAAAAUCUAAUUUUUAAGAUGGAAUUUACCCCCUCCCGAUUUCAUGGUGUUUCGAAUAUCUGAAUUUGUAAUAAAAUUCCCCCUCACAGCCAUAUUUUAUAAAAAUAUAAAAUGUUUUUAUCACGUUAUUUAAAAAUUAUAGUGUUCUUUCAAAAAAAUGAAAGAAGGAACAUCAUUUCUGGAGGGAAUUAUCUUUUAAACUUCUGUGAUUUCUGAAGUUUUUUUUAUUUAUAAUUUAUUAUUUUUAUUUUAUCAAUAAAAAAUUCUUGCUGAAGCAUGCCAGUCAUAGGUGAAUUUUUUUUAUUCUGAAAUGAGAACGAAAAAAAUCAGAAGUAUUUCUUUCCUUUCAGAUGAACAUGAAAAGUAUCUUUAGAGUAUAAUUCUGCAGAAAAAAGAGAAAAAAAAGUAUUUGCUUUUAUUUCAGCUAUUUUAUUACUUCAACUCUUUCUUUACUCAGUUUUUUUAAAUUUAAUAUCUAUAAAUAUGAAGAGGCAGAGUAUAAGUUUUGGUUAUAAUUAUCAUUUCAAUUAAUGUUAUUAUAAUGUUUUUUUAAAAUUUAUUAUUGUGUUUUUGUCGAAAAAAUAGUAGCUUUGUUAUGUCAUGAAAAAUUCUUGGAAUUAGUUAUGGAAAGUCAUAAAAAGUCGUGAAUUUGAAAAUCUAAAAUGUAGCAGAUACCCUGUAGUAAAUUUAAUGCUUUAACAUUUUAUUAUUGAUUGAUUUAGAAUGAUUUUGUCUACCACCAUCAGGGGUCUGUCUAGGUUUCUUUCUUUUUUUAAGAGGUACCUAUUCUUUGAAUAUUUAGACAUAAUUUGUGAAAAUUAAAAAUUAUAUUAAAAAAUCAACACAAAAAUAGGGUAAAGUAAGACAAUAUUUUCAAAAAUUUUCUCUACAAAUAAAAAUCAUUUAUGACCUGGUAAAUUUCUGUAUAUUUUUCCCCAUAUAUUCAAAAACAAUUUCGCUAUUGUGAAAUUGUGAACUGAAAAUUGUAUCAAAAUUUUGUAGUUAAAUUUCAACUUGAAUUUAAUAAAAACUUGCAUUUUAUUUACCGUUUUUCCUAAAGGUGAAUUUGUGAAGGUACUGCUAAAUGGUAGUAAACUUACCCUGUACUAUGUACAAGUAAUUCAAAUGCAUGUACAAGACCUGAUAAUCAAGCUGUGAAAAUUGUUAAUGGAGGCAAAAUUAUUCAAAUUAAAUUUACUUCAAAUUGGUUUUUCGCUUUAAAUAUUGUGUGGACGACUUCUAUAUUACCAUCAUUGUAAAUAAAUUUUAAUUAUGAUUUAAUGUUGAAAUAUGUGUAUCGAAAAUGGAGUGUGAAUUUUUGGUUUGCCUGAAAAGUGUGCAAAAAUAAAUAUGUAAAAAUUUA